GCCACGUCCGGCGCGCUGCCUUGCGACACGCCAUUUCCGGCUCCCAGCUGGUCUGGGGUGGGGACGCAGUGGUGGGGCGUACUGUGAGGUCUCUGGCUCACCUGCUGCGAACCGUGAGCUAGCUGUCUGCGCAAGGGCUGCCGGGCCCGGGCUCCGACUGUAGCUGUGUCAGCGUGUUAUGAUGCCGUCUCGUACCAACCUGGCUACUGGAAUCCCCAGUAGUAAAGUGAAAUACUCAAGGCUCUCCAGUACAGACGAUGGCUACAUUGACCUUCAGUUUAAGAAAAGCCCUCCUAAGAUUCCAUAUAAGGCCAUUGCGCUUGCUACGGUGCUGUUUUUGAUUGGCGCCUUCCUCAUUAUCAUAGGCUCCCUCCUGCUGGCAGGCUAUAUCAGCAAAGGGGGGGCAGACCGGGCUGUUCCCGUCCUGAUCAUUGGCAUCCUGGUGUUCCUGCCAGGAUUUUACCACCUGCGCAUCGCCUACUACGCAUCCAAAGGCUACCGGGGAUACUCCUACGAUGACAUUCCAGACUUUGAUGACUAGCACACACCUCAGCCCUGAAGAAAAGAGUGAUAGAUGGGACUGAGCCCAGCUUUAAGACAUUGAGCAGAUACUAUGGCUAAGGGCUAAGGAGUUCUGCGAUUUGCAGAUGUUUAACAAAACAGUGGCCAGAUUUUAUGGGUCCAUCCUAAAGAUGUUAACUGAGCUUACAGCUAUCCAUGUCAUCAGGACAGUCUCUAUUUUUCAUCUCCUGGCCCUGGCAAAAGCUCCUGACAAGUUUUUCCACAUGAAUAUGUAUCAUGAAAAGUAGCAAUGUUAAUUGUAUGGGAAAGUGGGAGGUUAUUCUGUAGUGGAAUGUGUUGCUGCCACCACCCUUUUUAGAGUUGAGCAUUCUUUUAAAUAGUCCUCAUUGUUAAUAUGUUCUUGUGGCAAAUGGAAGAACACAGUAUGUCAGAUUUCUUAUUACUAAGUAAUUUAUUUUGAAAAUACGUAAGUGUCUUAUCCCCAUACUCUAACUUUGUGUUCUAGUGUAAAACCGUGGUAAAAUCAAGUAUCAGUGUGGUGCAUCUCUAAUAUUUUUUACUUGCUUUCUUAUUAACAGCAACUAGGAAUUUUUUAAACCUCAGCAAAUUUUCAAACUGUAAACACAUUCUCUGUUCACCAGUCCUUGGCCAGCUCUGAUCUGGUUCACUGACAGGUUGGCCAGCAUAUAAUUUGGAUCAUUCUGCCCUUUGUAAAUCUAGAUGUUCUGUAUAUCAUACCUUUAAGGACGAGACUUUUGGCUGUUUCCUAAGGAAAAAAUGUAGAUAAGUGGUUAUUAUUUAUAGUUUUUAACCCUGUUGUUAGCACCUCGUAUUAUGAUGUCAUUCUGCUGAAGAUUGUAAGAACUGGCCUGGAUCUGUAGAGGACAAGACUGCCUUAGUUUGAUUCUGUUUCCUAGCUUGCAAAAAGUGGCUUGUAUUCAAAAGAAAUUAAAAUGUCAAAAUCUAAA